CAUUAUAAAUGAGGGAUAAAGGCUAUUGUGCAUCAGAUCUGAAUCAUGAAGCUUCAUACACUGACCACCCUCGGCGCUCUCCCUCUCCUCCUACUUAUUCCUGGUGGGCUAUGUGGGAAGAUUGUCGGCGGUAAAGAAGUUGUUCCCCAUUCGAGGCCUUUUAUGGCCUAUCUCAAUGUCGGCUGUGGUGGUGCUUUAAUUGAAGAAAACUGGGUUCUGACAGCGGCACACUGUAACAAUGAAACAAAUAUAAAAGUGACUCUUGGAGCUCAUUCAAUUGAUGAAACUGAACCAGGAAAGCAGACAAUUGAUGUAGAGAAAAAGGUGAUUUACAAAGGCUUUGUAUGGGCAACCCACGGACAUGACAUCAUGCUGUUAAAGCUGAGCCAGAAAGCUGAGCUCAAUGAUUUUGUAUCGAAACUCCCACUGCCUUCUGGUGAAGCAGACCCUGCAGUUGGUACAGAAUGCAGGAUUGCAGGAUGGGGAGCCAAUGAGUAUAAUGGAAAACAAAGCAGUAAACUUCAAGAAGUCAGAGUUACAGUUAAAGACAGAGAAAAGUGCAAUGCAAAUUACAAUGGAGAAAUAACAAAGAAUAUGAUGUGUGCUGGAGAUGACAACGGAGGACAUGAUUCCUGUCAGGGAGAUUCUGGUGGUCCUUUGCUCUGUAAUGGAAUUUUCACAGCUGUUGCUUCAUUUGGUUAUAGGUGUGGGCUACCUAAAUAUCCAGGGGUCUACACACUCCUCACAGAUGACUAUCUAAACUGGAUCAAGGAAGAAAUAGAACAAUUUCGAAACAAUACAUUAUCUAUAACCAAAGAAUUUUGAUGGAGUAAAUUUUCGUAGUUUGAACUGUCAGAAAACAGUUAUUUACAUUGUACUUCACAAAAAUGUUGUAGGCUUCAUUCAUAUAUGUUUAAACAGCCUAAGUACUCAGAUUGGCUGUUUAACCAGGGAGUUUUACCAACAGUUAAACUCACUGAACACUGGAAAACCUACCAGUUAAGACCACUCAACCAGAAGAAUAACUAUUAUAGCAGCAUAGAGCAGCCUGCAGAAACCAACCCUAGAUAGACUCCAGUUUCUUGAAGGCAGACUUACAAUACAGUCAAAUUCACAAUCUCCAGGCUGUGGAAAUGAAUAAUGCAUUGAAUGAUUUGGCAAAUAAACACCUUUGUAGAACAUGGA